AGUGACGCUUCCACGAACUAUAGUCGCACAUUGAAACUAACAACACGGAAAUCUCUGAGACCGACUUUGCUUUCAUGGCUAAUGGGAAAUCUUCGUUUUGUUUUAACAUUGAUUAAAAACGAAAUUCCAAGUCAAAAACCUGAAACGUAUGAUUUGAUUCAACUUUGUUGUUUUCCGAGUUUUGGAAGCGGCAAAGUGCAGACUUUAUGACCUGAACGUCACUUGACUUACUGCCCGAGUUCCCAAGCGUUAUGAAUGUACCAUAACCGAGCAAAGAUUGCUAAAAUGCCGCCGCCAGAGUUGAUCACGGUCACGGCAUUUGUGGCUGAAACUAACGAGGACUACAAAGCGCCCACAACCUCAAAUUUCACCACUCGAAUGGUCCAAUGUAGGAACACUGCGGCAGCAUUAGAAGAGGUCCUGGACCUGGACCGGGGUGUUCUGUACAAGAUCAAGAAGUCUGUCAAGGCCAUGAACAACUCUGGGCUGGCCCAUGUAGACAAUGAGGAGCAGUACAUCCAGUCUCUGGAGAAGUUUGGAGAACACUUUAACUCUAGAGAAGACACAGAGGUGGGCUCAGCCUUCUCUAAGUUUGCGGGCUUCACCAAAGAAUUGUCCGCCCUCUUGAAGAACCUGUUACAAAACAUGAACAACAUCAUAACCUUCCCCCUGGACAGCCUACUGAAAGGAGAUCUGAAAGGAGUCAAAGGGGAUCUAAAAAAGCCUUUUGAUAAAGCCUGGAAGGAUUAUGAAACUAAACUCACUAAGAUAGAGAAGGAGAAGAGAGAGCACGCCAAGCAGCAUGGCAUGAUCCGGACAGAGUUCAGUGGGGGAGAGAUCGCUGAGGAGAUGGAGAAGGAGCGACGUAUCUUCCAGCUCCAGAUGUGUGAGUAUCUUCUGAAGGUGAAUGAAAUUAAGACAAAGAAGGGGGUCGACUUCCUCCAGAACCUCAUCAAAUAUUUUCACGCCCAAUGCAACUUCUUCCAGGAUGGGUUGAACGCAGUGAAUAACCUAAAACCUUACAUUGAAAAACUAGCUGCAGACUUGACCACUAUCAAACUGACGCAAGAUGGCGAGAGGAAACAGCUGAAUGAGCUGCGAGAUGUUCUUAAGUCCUCCUUACAGUGUGAACAGAAAGAGGAGUCCCAGGCCAAACAGACCGGAUACAGCCUCCAUCAACUACAGGGCAACAAGGCCCAUGGAACAGAGCGCAGUGGCAUACUCUACAAGAAGAGUGAGGGCCUCAGGAAAGUGUGGCAGAAGAGAAAGUGUUCGGUGAAAAGUGGAUUCUUGACCAUCUCCCAUGGCAUGGCUAACGCACCACCAGCUAAACUCAACCUACUAACUUGUCAAGUGAAGCGCAACCCAGAUGAGAAGAAAAGCUUUGACCUCUUCUCACAUGACAGGACAUAUCACUUUCAAGCAGAGGAUGAGGCAGAGUGUCAGAUAUGGAUCUCAGUCCUGCAGAACAGCAAGGAGGAGGCCCUGAACGAUGCCUUCAAAGGAGAACAGGACGAGGGAGUGGACAACAUAGUCCAGGAGCUGACCAAGGCCAUCGUCAGCGAGGUGAAGAGAAUGAGCGGCAACGACAUCUGCUGUGACUGUGGAGCGUCCAACCCCACCUGGCUGUCCACCAACCUGGGGGUUCUCAUCUGCAUCGAGUGUUCUGGAAUCCACAGGGAACUGGGUGUCCACUAUUCCAGAAUACAGUCUCUAACCCUGGAUGUCCUGGGAACGUCAGAGCUCCUGCUAGCUAAGAAUGUGGGCAAUGCAGGUUUUAAUGAGAUCAUGGAGGCGGACCUGGCUGCACAGGGCGUGGCCAAGCCCAACCCAUCCAGUGACAUGCAGACGCGGAAGGAUUACAUCACAGCCAAGUACACAGAGAAGCGGUUCGUUAAGAAGAAGUGUGCGGACGCGGCGUCCCGCCUGCGUGUCCUGUGUGAGGCAGUGAAGAGCCGAGACAUCCUGUCCUUAAUCCAGGUCUACGCUGAAGGAGUGGAUCUGAUGGAGGUUAUUCCCAUGGCCAAUGAACACGAACCGGGAGAGACCGCUUUACAUCUAGCUGUACGAAUGGUGGACCGCAACUCCCUCCAUAUUGUGGACUUCCUGGCCCAGAACAGUGGGAACCUGGAGAAGCAGACAGCCAGGGGGAGCACGGCGCUUCACUACUGCUGCCUGACGGACAACAGCGAGUGUCUGAAGCUUCUGCUGCGCGGCCGGGCCUCGGUCAGUAUCGCAAACGAGGCAGGAGAAACACCGAUGGACAUUGCAAAGCGCCUCCGACAUACUCAGUGUGAGGAGCUGCUGACCCAGGCUCAGACAGGGAAGUUUAAUGUCCAUGUGCACGUGGAGUAUGAGUGGCGUCUCAGCAACGAUGAUGACCUGGAUGAGAGUGAAGAUGAGAUGGAGGACAAGCCAAUCCCCUACAGACGCUCAGAGAUGGAGCGUCCUGUCAGCUGUUUUGUCCCGGUCAGUGGUCCAAUGCCAGGUGGUCCAAUGCCAGGUGGCCUCAUGCCAGGUGGUCCAAUGCCAGGUGGUCCAAUGCCAGGUGGUCCAAUGCCAGGUGGUCCAAUGCCGGGUGGCCUCAUGCCAGGUGGUCCAGUACCACCUGCUCCAAUGCCAGGGGGUCUCAACUUUGCGUCCAUAGCCCGGGAUGCAGCUAACCUGGCCCGGGACAAGCUGAGAUCCCAUGUGGCCAGCACCAUGAUGAGCAACGAGACCUAUGGUACCAUCCUGGACCCCAGCCCACCCCCAUACGGGCCUGCCGGGGCUCAGGGUUCCGUCCCGGUCCUCCCCCCCAGGAAUGUCAGCAAAGCAGGCCCCGGGUGGAAACAGACUCCUGUGGAGGUGGUGGGCAGACAGAGGUCCUCCUCGGACCCCCCAAACCCUCAGACUCCCGAGCGCAACAGCUCCAUGUAUGUGCUUCCACCGGCUGUGCCCCCUCCCACUUUGAACAAGAGGACCAGUGUUAUGGAGUCCAGGAGCUUUAAGGCUCCUCCACCACCUCCUCCAGGAAUACCUGCUCCUCUGCCCCCAGUUAACCCAGCAACAGUCCAGUCAUCAGCCCCCCCUCCACCCUCCUUCAAACCCACACAGCCCCCUCCUGUUCCUGCACACCAUCCCAACAGCAGGGCCACAGGACCCAGGUCCCCUAAAUCCCCCACUAGUUCUGAAAAACCAACAGCUAAAGGUCCUCCUACCAGACCGCCAGGGACUAGUGAUCGACCAGUAAAGAAUGCACCGGUCCCUGGUUCCCCUCACAGUACCAGACCCAUCCUACCUCCAAUACCCAGUACUGGACCCACCCCUCCUCCUACACCCAAGCCCCGCAUCAUCCAACCUAAACAAAAGCCCAAGAGGGUGAAAGCCAUCUACAACUGUUCAGCCGAUAACCCAGAUGAGCUGACUUUCACAGAGGGAGAGACGAUCGUGGUGGACGGAGAGGAGGACCCAGAGUGGUGGUUUGGACACAUUGAGGGGGAGCCCACCAGAAAAGGGGUGUUUCCUGUCACCUUUGUUCACUUUGUCUCUGACUGAUCCUGAUGGUGGUGCAACCCGUCAGUCACUGCUGUGCUGUGUUCAUCUGUCUGGGCUGUGUUCAUCUGUCUGGGCUGUGUUCAUCUGUCUGGGCUGUGUUCAUCUGUCUGGGCCGUGUUCAUCUGUCUGGGCCGUGUUCAUCUGUCUGGGCCGUGUUCAUCUGUCUGGGCCGUGUUCAUCUGUCUGGGCCGUGUUCAUCUGUCUGGGCCGUGUUCAUCUGUCUGGGCCGUGUUCAUCUGUCUGGGCUGUGUUCAUCUGUCUGGGCUGUGUUCAUCUGUCUGGGCUGUGUUCAUCAGUCUGUGUCAUGUGUGUGAUAUUGCCAUUGUGACAGAGAUUUGACCUGUUAUUCUCAGCCAACCAAACAGCCAAAGAAGAUGUGUCCUAAAUCAGUCCCUAUUCCUUACAUAUUGCACUACUUUUGAAGAGAGACAUAUAGGUCUGUGUGCACUAUGUAGAGGUGUUGGGAAUUCAUCACACUAUGUGACUUUCCAAUAAUGUUCUACAGUGCUGAAAAAAGUGUGACAAACGUUUCGCCACAUUUACAGACUGAGGCAAAAUGUUGAGAAACCACACCUCCUCAUAGUUUGGUAGGAUGACCGGAAAUAACUGGAGCAAAAUUCUUCACAGGCUACGGCCAGGAUACAUUACAAUCGGGCUUCGUCCACAAGGAGCAUUUUAAGACAAUGUUUCUGUGUCUCUGAGAGCACAUUCACUGGACUCUGCAUACAGUACACCUACUCAGUCAUUGUUUUUCCUUCAAACGACUUGCCCCAAUCUGCAGUCGGAUUGAAUCCCAGACUACUUCUAGGGUGGAAGGUGUCCUAGCUGUUAAGAGGACUGGGUCAGUAACUAACUAGUCGCUGGUUUAAACCACCAUGCUGACAUAAUGGGAAAUCUAUUGUGCCCUGGAGCAAGGCACUUGAACCAAACUGCUCCUGUAAUUGAGCUCUGGAUAAGAGCAUCUGCUAAAUGACUAAAAUGUAAAUGUCUGUAUUCAAAGAUCCCAUUUGCUGCUCGUACACAGUACCUCUUCCAGUCAGGCGUUGUGGCAAGAUUCAGGUUGGGGUCAGGUGGUUUAAAGGCUGGUGUUGGACCGAUGAUGGAGACAAGCUUUCCAAACUGUGUGUUGCUACUGAGUCGUCAGAUGGGAAUUGUAUUAAUGUAAACAUAUUUAAACAUACUGAGCUGUUAUUCUACUGUUGAUUGAGGUGGUAUUACACAGUCAACACACUGCUGUUUAUUACCAACCUACCAUAUCAGGGAGUUCAGACAGAAAACACAAU